AGAGCUGGUCUGGCCUCACACACAGACAGAGAAAACCGUGGUCAUGGUGUCAUAUGAGGAUGGUGACGGUGAAUCUGAGAGCGUUUACAAGCGCAGACGCACGAACGGCGGCGCGUCUGCUCCAGCAGCAGCAGCGGUUCUGUCACCUGCUCAGCAGCGGCACACAGCCAGACACAGGAAACAGAAACUCAUGUCCAAACUGAGUGACUCCGGUUUCGAAGACGAUUUGGGAUCCACUCCGGUUUCCCCCUCGGCUCAGAGGAACGUGUUAGACGAAGAGAGUCCAGCAUCAGAACAGCUGUCCAGCUGGUACCUGCAGUAUGGAGACAUCGGCUUCACCAUCCAGAGGCAGAGAGAGGACCAGUUUCAUCCCAGGAAAAGCUUGGCUCGUCAGCCACAACUGACUGCAGAGGCGCGGUGUAAGCUCGUCAGUUGGCUCAUCCCUGUACACAAACAUUUCCAUCUGUCCUUUGAAUGCUGCUGCCUGGCAGUGAACAUCAUGGACAGGUUCCUGGCAUCCACAGCAGUGGCUGCUGACUGCUUCCAGCUCUUGGGUGUCACUGCUCUUCUAAUAGCCAGUAAACAGGUGGAGGUUUGCUCACCACGGAUCAGCCAGCUGUUGUCCCUAUGUUGCGAUACCUUCACCAAGGAGCAGCUCUGCAACCUGGAGUGUCUGAUCCUCCUCCGCCUCAACUACCGCCUCUCUGCACCCACCCUGGCCUUUUUCUUAGACUAUUACACCAACAGUAUUGAGGCUGCACAGCUUGUGUCUGCAGGUGGAUUGAACCCUGACACAAAAAGACCCAGGCAGUGUGGCGACCUUGCACGGAAAGUGUGCGAGUUGAGUUUAGCGGACUAUGCAUUCAACAAAUACUCACCGUCUCUGAUGGCUGGCUGUGCACUGAAACUAGCCAGUGAGAUGCUUAGUGCAGAACAAGGGCAUGUUGAUGUUGAGCGUGCAGUUGCCCAGUCACAGAGAGACAGUUUGGUGGAUGAGCUAUGUGGCCAAGCAGAAUCUGCCUCCUGUGAUAGUCCUGCAGGUCAGGAGAACCACAAUCUGGUCCAGGAAUGCAAAGACAACCUGAAGCUGCUGGUGUCAUUAAACCAGGAGACACUACAAGUCAUGUCCACUAUGUGACUGCAGUGACUGCAGCACUCACAUGUUCACUGAAAGCCAAAAUUCUCUCCACUGUAUUUCAAUUUCAACAAGCACAUAAUGUUAGGAUAAAGUGCCUCGUUACGCUAAUAUGUGUUGAGAUGAAGGUGAUGUUCACAAGUAAAGUGAAGUCAGUCAUACUGUAUACUUGAAUGUUUUUAGUCUUAUAUUGUUUUAUAUUUAUGAAGAACCAGCUCUCAAUAAAGAAUGUUAAUAUGAUUGUUUUUAUUUUUUCACUUUUUCCAAAUCCAAAUCUUUAUAUGUUGUAUAUGCACCAACUGUGCACCGACUGUGCUGCAGGUGUGUUCACAAUCCAGUAACAAUCUCUUAAUGAAGGAACUGUUAAUAAACAAACUAUGCUGUAAACAAUAAAUGUUGAGUAAAAAGAA